AUGAUUGAUAGGGGCGAUAGAGCACCCAACGGCCUCAGCAGCUGGCGGAUGCUGCUGCUCCGCAUUGGCGACAAGUGCCCGGAGUACGGCGGCCUCUCCGAAGCCAAGGAGCACAUAGUUAAUUUCUAGCCCUUGUUUCUGAGUAAUUUCCUUUUUUUCAAUGCCCGGCCUUUUCCUCCUCAAGCAUUUUCUGUCUGCUGGUUUUGAGAAUCAAUCCUAGAGGACGGCUUACUCUCGAUGGUUCAUCCUUCGUAGUUCACCAUCGCAUUGCCUAGUGGAUCCGGGAAAGCCUGUCUGUCACGUUGGUACUGUGUCAUUCGAUAUGCCCCCCUCUGGUUGCCAGAAACGCGGGUUCUCUGUUCUUCUCUUCUGCCCGUUCGUUAAGAUAGAUAUAUUUGAUUUUCAAAGUAAAUGGCGUUGCUUUUUCCACUUCAGGUUGAAGUAGCACGUAGGUAGAUGUGCUUUAUGCGAAUUUUGACGAAAUCUCUUAGACGUUAACUGUGGUUAGCGAAGCCUUAAACGUAGAUCGUGCCAUUAGAAUUCACUUUUACUUGGUUGCUUUGUACCUAUGAUUACUGGAAAGGGGUUUGCGGAAGUUUCUCUUCUUGGUUGCUUUGCGGAAGAUUAAAGAAUUAUUCUAGAUUGUAUCAACGAAGCAUCGUCAGGACAUUUUAUGGUAGCUGGAUUCUUCUGAUGGCUAAGGAUAGUAAAAACGGUUUUCAGUUUUGCUUCAGAACUCUUAGUUGCGAAAGUAAUAUUUGGGCUAUUAUUAAUCUUUCAUUUUUCCUUGUCUAGUUAGUGAGAGUUUCUUAUCUGAAGAGACAUGGUGAUUACUGCCGAUUUGGACAGAAUUUUGCUAGGGUGAUGAUAACUUCCAAAAAAAAACACAAUCAGGGGAGUAUUAGGUUUAGAAAACCAGGGAAACUAAAAGCAGCGAGGUCAAGGAUCAGGAAGGUGGCAAACUUGCGAUAUAUAUUAUCUAGAAAUACUAAAUAUUUUUCAAAAUCAUUCUUUGGCAGUAAUAUAUAUAUAUAUAUAUAUUAUUGGCUAUGAGUUGAAUGAUUGUGUUUGGCAUUGCUACCUUUCCUGAAGUGGAUUUUUACAAUCUUAAAACAUCGCAAUUCUACAGCUGUCAUAGUAGAAGUUUGUCCAACUUUGGAGGCCACGUCUCCAUAUCUGCGAUGUUUCAUGGAAGGAUUAUAUUCUAUACCGUGAGAUAAUCACAUAGUUUCUCAUGAGCCCAUCCUCAAAUUGAGGGUGUCAAGUUACUUCAAUUUCUGCAAGUCCACCUUUUGUAGAAGGCCAUUCCUUUUGCGGACUAAGGACUGCAAGUGCGAACUCUGAAGUUUAUGAUGGUUGCUUAUGUGUAAAUCUCUCCAGUGCUAUGCUGGUUUUUCAUCACGGAGGACGCACUUACAAGGGAUUAGGACCUAUGCCUAGAUCAGGGGGAAAGGAAAAUAGGUGAUUGGAAACCAGAAUUCCAGGUUGAUUAGUUGCUGACUUGAGGUUACUGUUAUGACGGCAAUUCUAUAUAGGUCUUGCUCACAAAUAUCGAUGUAGAACAGAUUCAAAUGAAAGGGAAGUGGCCCAAAAAGCACAACCCAUAAGACCUGAACGAGUGAAACGAGGUAGAGUUGUAAUAGUUUUUUCUAAGUGGGCUUGUAAUGCCCAGAUGCAUUCUGUUUUCAUUGGCUAGUAACUGCUUUUUGUUAUUUAUGAAAUAUAUCCUAUUGCUUUUGGCCUAUUUAAGGAGGCACGCCCUGUAGUUUUUUUUUUCUCCAAAAGAUAAAGUAAUUAUAUAUAUAUAUAUAUCUCUCUCUUUGUGAAUUCAAGGAUCAACCCUGUUGAAUUCAGGGGCCUUGCAUUUCGAUUUUUGUGGACUCAAAAAUCAAUUGUAUUAAUUCUUGUCUAUCCAGGGGUUAUUAAUUUGAUCCAUUGUGGGUUCAAGGUACAAUUUCCUCCCCAUCUUCUGCUACAUCAGUAGGCGAUAAGAAAUCAUUGUUGACCCCCAAAAGUGGGAACUCAUGAUGUCGCUAGUUUUCUGAAUGAACACUAUGGCAGAUUGUUCCAUUAUUUGACUAUCUAGGUGUGAGUGUGCAAGGAGGCAUAAUUGAAUGUGUGAGAGGCUUAUGGUUGGGAUCAGUAGUUGAGAUGAUGUAGAAUUAUUUGAUGAAGAGGGUGAGGGAGAUGAUGAGAUGGGAAUCUGAAUGCACAAACUCUACCUUAGGUAUUCUGUUGUGGAGAGAAGUUUUUUCAAUAGCCACCUAUGCCAAGUUGAGGGUCUUUGUUGACUCUUGAGGAUAUGAAGGGUUAUAGUACGGUGGUCCAGAGCAUGGGAUCAUGAGUUGGGUACAAGUGGAAAAUACGGUCCUGGCCUUCUGUGUGAGUUAUCUGUAUAAGGUGGCGAUAAAAGAAUCACAGUAAGGUUGAAAUAGCUCUCGACAGAUGAGGAAUGAGUAUUUAUUCAUUUUAAUUUUAUGCGAAUAUUGAUCUCCUACCAGUAUCAUUGAUGCCUAUAAUACUUGUAUAUUAUGGUGAAGUAAAAUUUCAGUAAUAAUCUCCUAUCAGAUGAACCGAUCUGCAGUACCGAUUUCUAUUUUUAAGACAAAAAACUUUUACAAGAAACAGGUUUCCUGAUCAUGGUUUUCAAGCUUCAAAUCGAUUGAAAGUUAUGUUCUUGUUGUAAAUAUUAUAAGAUACAUUGUAUGUAAAUUCUUAAAGGGAAAUGUUGACAAGUUUGACAUUGUUGAUUCACGGUUUGAAAAUCACCUUUAAUCGCCAUGAUUGUUGAUUUACGGUUUGAAAGUUGUCUCCUGUGUCAUGGCCUUGCUUAUUCCCUGAUUUGCUUACUCGAUUGAAGGAUUAGAUGGUUUAACUGAUUAAAUGCAAGAGAGAGGGUGAAAUGACAUGCAGCCUUGGAAAGGCUAGAAAACGCUUUUACUUGGCCCUGUGGCUGACACAGUGCGAUGAAAAAUCUCAUAGACUUAAGCCCAGUUGUUGCUAUAAUAAUAGAAAUGGCCGUUCCUUUUUUUGUUUAAUCUAGCAUCAUUUAAAAUGAAUUCUUCAUGGUGCAGGAUGUAUGUUAUGGAGUUCUUUCAAGAGAAUGGGAUUAUUCUAAAGAUGAAAUAUUGACGGUAAAUUUUAUGUUACUUGCAUUUGUUUUUCAUUUUUCAAUGGGGAUGCCUUCCCAAUGUCUUGUUGGUAUGUUAUAAAGAAAACUUAUUUUGUAGCGUAUUCUAUCUGUUAUGGUUUUUACUGGUUAUUAUGUUGGGUGCCUAAAUUAUUAAGUUUAAUGAUCUACAGGCAGAUAAUAUGUAAAAUUUCUCUUACGUUAUAUGUCUGUAACUCUUUCUCAAAUAUUUUCAAAGUGCAUGACCAGUAUAUGUUCUGAGGGUUUUCUGUGUAUACAUAUGCGUUAAUCAUUCUCCCUGUGUUUUAGCAUCAACUCCUGUCAAAUCAUUAGAUCAUGCAAACAUAUGAUUUUAGAUUUUCACUUUUUUGGAUUUUUUUUUUCCAUAACUCUCGGUGAUUCAGACUCUUUAGUGUAAAAGGGCACCUUUUAUUACUUUAGAAGGUAGUUGGCUUGCUACCGUUCAUGAAAAAUAUAAACAUAAGAGGACGCAAAUCAGGCUCCUACCGCUGUAUGUUGUGUUUACCCACUAGAAAGGCAUAAUAUGCACCCUCAAUUCAAGAUUUUAUUUUAGAUUAGCAUUGCACCCACAGUUGAAAGCUCCCUUGUGAACCAUUUUGGGAUUGGAAAGUAACUGAUCUGAUCCGUUACUGGCUGUUCUCUUCGCUGCGAUUUGUCUGACAUUGGAAACGGAAAGAUAUGUGGUUACCAUGAUGUGGUCAUAUUAGGGUUUUUCUGAUCUGAAUGUGUGUAGAUUACAUUUCGAAUCCAUCUCAAUGUGGGCUGUUCGCUUUUUUUUUUUUCAGUAUAUUUUUUCAUAAAACAGUAAAAAGAAAGAAAAACCUGAGGUUAUUGUAUUGACAACUAUGAAUUUAUAAUAAUGUCUUCUUUUUGUUGUUGAAAUUCAUUUUGUUCAUUUUCUUGUUUUUACACAGUUCCUUAUUCAGUGUGCUGAAGAGAUGCCUCACAAGAUCCCCUUUUAUGGAGUAUUGGUGGGUAAAUCUGCAGACAUUUACCAUUUUUUUAGUGGAUAUUAUCAGUGGUUAGUAAUGUUGUUUUGUUGUACAGAUUUUUUAUCUUAUUGUGUUAUUUUUUAUCUUAAAAAAGAUGCAUUUUGUGGAGACUUGAGUAUUUUUAUUUCUUGUGCGUUGAGCUAACUUUAAUCUCAUGCAGUUGCUUUUGGUGUGUAGGCACAAAUGUUUUUGUUUGAAGUGUGUAAAUGAAUUAGAUACUCGUCGUUUAUUGACACAGAUUUUCUGAAGUAGCUCAAUUGGUCCUUUUCCUUACUGCUCUUUUAUGGGUAAAGUUUCAGUUGGGCUUAAGAUCUUUUUUGUACUGAAAAUUUAUGCUGCAGGUCGGCUUAAUAAAUUUAGAAGAUGAAAACUUGGCAGGAAAAGUUGUAGAUGGUACCCAAAGAAAUCUGCAGGUAAGUCAACAAAGAUUUUUAACAUUAGUAAUUUUCUUUGCUGUUCAUAGUAAAUUAAAUUAUGCUUAGCUGAUAGUUUAUUCAAUCAAAAUUUUAGAGUUUUUCUCGUCAAUCAUAAGCCUUAGAGGAUUACGGGCCAGUAAAUUGAAACCCGUGUAACUUAUUGGGAACUUGAUUGCAUUCUAUUCACGAAGCAUUUGAAGAAGUUUUUAUUGUUCUUUUUGUUUAUAUUCCCUUCAUAAAGUGCUCUAUAUGUUUUGGGAAAGUCAGAUGAUUUCUACCAAUUCCAUUUAUCUGCUUUAGAAAUGACCUUUAGAAGAUUUCCAAGAUUUUUACUUCGCACAAUCAUGUUUUUGUGGAUAUUAUUGAUUCGUUAUCUUUUGCUCUAUUGUUUCCGUCAGAAGAUUCUGUCCUUCUCUGUUCCCAGCAUUUAGACAACCUAUUUCUUUCUCUUGCAUUUUUUUUGUACACUCAGGUUAUUGGUAGAUUUUUUGGUCUUAGAUCUCACAAUGUGGAUAUGCCCUUCCUUUCCAGGAUGCAUUAAAUUCAGGCGACUGCAACAGAAUUCGUGUUUUAAUGCGGUUUGUGUCAGUUCUGGUAGGCGCUUUCAUUAUUAAUUGAAAAUUUUAUCUGUGGCAGUCUUUUUUGUAAUUCCUUUUGCAUGUUGAAUGUUAGCCUUGCUUUUUUUUAUAAUAACCUCUCAGACCCGCUUGAAAAUAAUGAAUCAUAAUCUCUACCUCUACAUCAUUAUAUGGUUUGAAAUUCUUGUGCCGAAUGAAAUUGUCUUGUAAAGUUCAGUUUUCUGUUAACCAUGUAGUUCUCUGGAAACCUCACAAUUGAAAGUAAUUCUUGUUCUGGUUUCUCUGACUUGCGUUUAGAACAUGCCUCAGUUAUCCGGAUAUGUUGUUGCUUUAGAUGCCAGUUGAAUGUGAAAAUUGGAUGCUGGAGUUACAUAAUUGAAACUUUUCGAAUGAAACAGGCGAAUUGUGAACGGUGAGCCUCCUUAGUUCUGGAUUUCUUGCUGUAAGUUACUUUCACCGUGUGGUCCCUGGCAGAAUUUUAUCGCUAUGUUAUAAAGGUCGCAUUCAUAUUAAGUCUUGAGUUGGCGCAAACUAAGAUGAAUGAAUAUUUUAUGCUGUGCUUGUACAGUGACGAUAAAUUAAAAGUCUGCUCUAUUAAUGUAGUUCCUCACGAAAUUGGGAGCAUAAUAUCCCUCCAUGGCUCGAGUACUAUUGGUAGAUGGAUCAUGAUACCUGUAAAGUAUAGAGUGCAUGCAUGGAUGUAAGAAUAUAAUAAACUCAUCCCAUUCUUCUUAUAGCUGAUGCUCGGAUACUUGGGGGUUGAAAAAUCUUGGGAUAGUAUGGAAAUUUUUUGAGAUGAUAGGCUAGCUGGAUCGUGCUGGCUCAACUUCCAGUCACGUACAGCCCCAUCCGGCGAAAUCUAAUGAUGUGGGAGUGGCCAGCUGUUUCAGCACCAAGCCCAGCAAACUCCUUGGUGCAAUAUAGGUUAUUUCUACAUACUUGUACCUGAGGGGUGUGGACGAGAUAUUUUUUUGUCUAAAUGUCAGCUGGCCAAGUCAUGAGCGCUCACAAACUUCCCCAGAAGAAAGGAGAUGCAGGAUUCGGGUGAUGAUAGUCUCACCACUGCCAGCCAACACCAAAAGUUCCUUCUGCUUUACUCCGUAGAAUUAGUCAUCCACUGCUAAUGGAGGAAGAAGAAUUGAACUAGUCUUCAUCUGGAUGAUUGAAGUUGGGACAAUUUCGCGCAUUAAUUUCACUUCCUGGUUCUUGAUAUAAGACCAAGACAAACACUGUUUCCUAGAAAUGAAUCGGAACUAUAUUCCCUUUGUGCAUAUCUGCACAGUUAAAUUAAUCCGGGUAUUGUCUAGUCUGUUCCGCUCAAAUCCACUUCUGAAAGUAAGCAAUGUAGACAUUUCCCUAUUAUUCCCUGAUGGGAAUAUUCACGGUUUGCAUGCUUUUCUUUUAACUGAAAUUAGGCAAACUGCCACUCAAGCAUUCAUCCUAGUUGAUGAAGAUGUGGUUUUUUAGAGGACCCCUAAAUAGAUUUUUUGGAGGACGUGUAAAGUUUAGCCAUUCGUAUACUUUAAACUUCGUUUAGAUAUCCCUGAGGAACGGAUCGUGCAGUGAUCAUCGUAAAUGGUCACAAGAGUCUGGCUAAAUGUAAUUUCCAAAACUUUCAAUUUUAAUUUUUACAAUCAGUUCCUUAAUGGUAUACUUUGAACAACAUAUUUUAUAAUUUAUAUAUCUUGGACUAUAUAUGGUGGCCAUAAUUUGCCAUUGAGACUAUCAGUGAAGAAUCGAGGCCUUGCUAUUUCAUGAUCACAUACCAUUGUCAAUAAUAUCUCGUUUGGCUGAAAGGAGGAUUUUUCCAAAACCAUUGUCAAUAAUUUGCCAUUGAUCUUUUUUUCUACAAUGUCAUGUCAUAAUCUUUCAGUUUUAUUUUUUGAAACUGUUGUAAUUUUUGUUACUUUUUUGUAGAUGUGCAGCAAAGUUAUCCUUGCAGGAUCUAUAGUGGAGGUGUUUGAGACACUGUUGUCAUCUGCUGCCACGACUGUAGAUGAGGAGGCUGGGAAUCCAGCUUGGCAGUCACGUGCUGACUUUUACAUUACUUGUAUUUUGUCCUGCCUACCAUGGUGUGGUGCAGAGUUAACUGAGGUAUAACAUCUGUGUUUACUGUUUGUUAAAACUUUCUGUCUCCUUGGAUUUUUUAUCACGUUUGUUCAGGUUUCUGACACAGUUAUAUUUUUUUAGAAUAUAGAUUCCUUUCUGUUAUCUUGUGCAUGUGAUGAUGCGUGCAUAAGAGCUAUGCCAGAUGGAGAGUGCAUUUAUUUAUUACUCAACUGCCAAAAUUGAAUAUGAACUCAGUCAAGUCCAUCACUCUUAUGAAGUUUUUUUUCGGGCUUCUUUUUGAAGUACAGCAGUAAUUGCUGCCUAGUCUCUAGUCUGCUCACAAUCACAUUUUUAAAGCGCUGUAAAACAUGAAUGAGAUAAUGGAGAGGAUGAACAUUGGUUAAAGAAUAGUGUUUUACAAUCCACAAUGAAUGUGGUACAUCCAUAUUUAUGGAAUUAUAUUUAGUUGAGGGAUGCCUUACUAUUAAUUUUUUGUCAGUGUGCCUGAUUUUUUCAGCUUCUUAGGAAUCAUGAACUAUAAAAAUACCUGUUAAUUGUUUUUCUUUUUGCUUGUUCGUACAUUUUUCUCAAUAUAUAUAUAUAUAUAUUGAAAUGUAGUACGUAAUUUUCUCUGCCCUUAGGCAACAAAGUGCGGUUUGCUUUGCAAUUUUUGAGAUUACAGUGUUUUUAUCUUUUUUACUCUAAUUGGAAUGCAGCAAGUUCCUGAUGAGAUUGACAGAGUCAUGGCUGCUAUCCAAUCUUAUUUAAGUAUCAGAAAACGGACUCCUGAUAUUGGACUGCAAGUGUUCGAAUCAGAUGAAGAUAAAAUUAUCAACGAGAAGGUAUAAUGGUUACAAUUGGUGCCGACUUUUCUUCUGUGUGGAGAAAAUAAGUUGUUAUGUUCUGAUAUUAAACUCUGAAUCUACUGUUGUUUGAAUUACAAACUCCUUUUUUUUUUUAUUACAUUAGAGAUCCUCAUUUAUGUAUUACAGGGUGUUUCAAUAUCAAAACCACAUUUAUGUUAGGAGUGAAAGAAAAAAUUAAUGCCAGUAUUGUUGUUACGGUACCAGGUUGAUAUUAUCACUUGUAGAAAGGUCACCUAUUUAUUCCAAGCAUUAUUAAAUUCGAUCCUCUUGUCCGUCAAUUACGUAGGAUUAGCUUUGUCUCUGGGGUACGAGAUCACAUUCUUAGAUAAUUUGAGAGGUGGAGGACUAAGUUACCUCUUGCUAUGAGUGGUUACAUCAAAACUGAAAGUUGACUGCUGAAGCAGGUCAGAUACCUGGAUUGGCGAAGGCUUAUCCAUCCUGUAUUAGAUCAGAUUAGCUCUUAGCUGAUUGGAAGGGCGACAGGUUGAUACUAGCUUUGCCUAACUUCGUAGGUACCUCCAUGUCUCUUUAUCUCGACAACAAAUUGGUUGCAUAGAAUUGAAAAGCCUGUCUUCAUCUUAGCCACCCGUGAAUUUAGGUUAUUUGUUGAGACUAGCUUGAUUAUCUUUGGAGAUGAAAUACCCUAUAAAGUGAUAAAAUUGCUUUUCUGGCCAUACGAAUGUGCUGGUGAAGCUACUUUUCUUUCUACAAGGAUGACAGAUAGUAAAAAGUUACUGUGUUAUGGUGGAUGUACACUGAUUUUCCACGUCUCUCAACAUAAAAUGUAAAGGCACUAAGUUUGAGAUUACAUCCUAAGAAAAUAUCCUUGGAUUCCACCUCAAUGAUAUGGUGUUAAGUUAGUGUAUGAUUUCUCUCAAAAAUACGCUGUACUGCCACUGCUGAAUACUUUAAUUGGUGUUGAUCCAGUGGCAAUGGUUUUUCAAUAGAUAUUUGGCUCUCCUCAAUGAAGUGUGAUAUUCAAGAAAUCAUUCUGAGACUUGAAAGAACCAAGGCUAAGAUGAGAGUGCACUUGUACAUUCUUUGAGAUGCUAUGCAGCGGGUAGAAAAAAAGGUGACGAAAUUUGAAUGUUUUCAAGACCCUUCAAUCUGAUACCUCCUUUCAUUGCCUUAAAUGGAGGGUUUUCCUAAUUUUGGGUUACCUUCAUUUAUUGUGUUUUCCUUCGUUGAAUCUCGGUUACAUUGAAUGAUAGUUUCAAAGCGCACAAGUGAUCCACAGUUCAUUCAUUAGAUAGCCUAUUGGGUCUGGGAAUGCACCAAAGAGAAUAAUUACCGUUUAAUACUGUUAAACUUUUGAAUCUAUCCUGUGGGGUCACCUGUCUAAAUCGUUUUCCAAAGUGCAUUAUUAGAUUUUCACGGUACUAUUGAUGGGCAAUCUAUUUUUUUCAAUCAUAGCUUGCGACGGUCUCUCUCAUGUUGAAAAUGUUGUUUAGCUCUCCAUUUUAUCUUCUCUAUAUCUUAUUUCUCCGGGCUGGAUCAAGUGUAUUGCAAACAUUUUUUUUUUUUGGGUCUCAGUUUUAGGUGACUUUUCUUUGUAUAAAAUACAUCUUCACACUGGCAUAGCCUUUCUUAAUGUCACACUCUUGUAGCCUACCCUUAUACCCAUUUUUUCAUGGUGCAGAAAUACUCUUCCCAGAUUCCUUGUGUUUUGUCACUGCCUACUUGAUGGGAUGCCGAUGCAGCCACAAAUCAUGUUAUUUUGCAUUAGAUGGAAAUGAUGACUGAUUGUGUUUUAUUGUGCACCAAUUUGUUUGUAGAGUUUCCUCAUCCUCAUCUAAAACUAUUUGGUUUAAGGAUCUGUGUUGGUAGUUCUAAUCUCGUCAUACCCCAAGUACCUUUUGACAUCCUCCCUUUGGUUUCCAGCAGGAAUAAUUUAUAAUUGAUCCAAUUCUUCUGUUAACUGUUAUGUGCUUCAUGGGCAGAGAGAAAGUAGAGGUUCAAUGGGCUAGGUCAGGAAUAAUGCCACUCAGUUCAGCCUGUCCUAUGGCAUUGAAAAAUAUCAAACAUUUCUUCUUAUAAGAGUUUACUGACUUGGAAUUCGGUUCUAACUUUGUGAGUUUAGGAAAAAGCCAGACUGAAGAGCAUCAAUGUUACGUUUUCUGUAUGCACAAGUCAAACUUUCAUACUCCGAAACUGCUUUGCUAAUGAAUAAAAUAUACUAUUUUGCUCUAAAUUCAUACAAAAACAACUAAUCGUAACUUUAAUAUAUACAUGAUCACAGUAGACUGGAUGGUCUACUCCAUAUUGUUAAAUCACGUUCGCAUCUUCCCCAAUCAGGUUGCGGGAAAGAGGAGGUAAAGAGGCUAGUGCUGGCAGGUGGUGGGAAGUUAUCACUGGCAAUAAGUAGUGGUAACAGGAUCACAUCAGUAUAGAUUCUUCAUGUUCUAUAGUGGGAAGUGGGCAUUGAUUGAUGGUAGGGUAAGAUGGACGAAAUACAUAGGUGAUAGGUGAGCAGAUCUGUCAAUGCACUGUUUCACCAACAUGGAGUGUAGAUAAUCUUCUUCUUCAGUUGAAGGUAUGAGCAAUUGCCAAGCGAAGGUAGGUGGUGGCAUAUGGCAGUGAUCUUUUUCUUCUUGAUUUUCUAUAGUCAACAAUGGAAGAUGACAUGAGCUGACUUGCGCAGGUCAAAGUGUUGAGAAUAUUUUAAAAUACCCUGUUGAAUGUAGUUUCAUCUUAGAUAUAACCCUGCGAUUAUAGAAAUAAACCCGCGAUUAUAAUGGUGGGCUUACACCGCUUAUUGGCAGUUUGUUUUGGAGUUAGUGGCCCAUUAACUCUUAAAUUCCCUUUGCUUGUUCCUCCUCCCUUUCUAUCUCUCUCAAAAUAAAGUAGAACUAACUUUGUGCAUCAUGCAUAGAACUUUGGAUUUGUCUUUCCAAUCAAUGCAGUGCGUCUACCUCAGGAAAGAAACUUAAUCUGACUGUUUGAUGCACUUUCAGGACUUCCUAGAAGAUCUGUGGGAUCGUGUCCAGGACUUACUAAAUAAUGGGUGGAAAGCUGAUAGCGGUAUGCUUUCAUGCUAUUUUAAUGCAUUAUAACUCUUCUCUCACUUACGCAGUCUAGUUAUGUUUUUUUUUCUUUUCGGUAAUUUUCAUAUGCCAGUUGGAUGUAAACUAAUAUGCUUUCUUGAUGAGUGGCAGAACACUCGUCUAGGACAACAUUUCACUUCUUUUAGGAUUUUUGUUGUUGUUGCAUGCCAUUUGGAAAAUAUUUUUUUGAUGACAAUCCAUCUUUCUGUUUUUGGCCUUUCAAUUGGGGAAAUUUUGUGUUGGUGGAGAUAUCUUUGCCAUGAGCAUUAAAUGGCAGACCUUUCAAACUAUGACAAAUAAACAGGCUUAUCUUGUGCUUCUGAAUGACUAUACUAAGGCUAAUUUUCACGAAAGAUUGUUUUAUAUAUUUCAUCUCUUGAUAUCUGUUGAGAAUUGAUCUUGGUUGAGAUCCUUGCAACUUGGAGAAUAAAAGGAGUUGAUCUUCACGAUCCUCCUCUUCCAGGAAGAUGAAUCAGUCAUCACUUCUUGGAGCAGAGUUUCUACAAUCCCAAAAUCUCACAUCAGUUAUCUUGGUUUCCCUCUUAAGUGCAGGUUACAUGAGUUAAUGGGUCAGGCCCAUUACAUGUCUUUAAGUGGAUCCCUUAACAGUCUAAUGGAUCCACUUAACAUAGGGAAUGACAGAGAAGGACGAAAAUACAGUGAAAAAAAACAGAUAGAAAGGAAAAACAAUCCUAGAGAGUUCAACAAUAUCAAAUGUCUAGAGGAACAUUUUCAAGGAAUCCAGCCUCAUCUAGAUCUCUGUGCUUAGAUUUCAAGUACAUGCUGAGGUUUUUGGAAGAUGAGUUGUGUCUGGGUCGAUUCUUGGUUUCAUGACACCCUUAAAUCAUUUUCAUGCAGUCAUUGGCAAUGCUAUUAGUUUGGGACUGUUCAAGGACGAUUUCGUAUUUUUCUAGGAAAGAAUGCUUUUGUUUGUGCUAUAUUUGUUUCUCCUUGAAGAUUUGUUUCAAUAACAGAAAAGAAAACUUAUGCUUGUCUGGAACUAUAUUAUAGUUGAAAUAGAAUGGAUAACCUGCAUUCCAUUUCAUCAGCAUCUAAACCCAAAUGAAAUGAUAGAUGAGGUAAGAAUGAUUAAAGUAUAAGCUCUUCAAUUUUUUGAACUAGUAACAAUGAUAGUUCAUCUUCUCAAAGAUAUUGGUCAAAUGUUGCAAUGUAUCAUCCAUGGUUAUAAGUACUCUUCCAUAAGACCGAAAGGGAAGGCUUACGGGUGAAAUUUUAGGCUAUGAUUUUUCAUGCCGUUCAAGAAGAGUUCGAUCAAAAGCCCAACACGAGUAUUUAGCGAACUGGUUUAAAUGAAUUCUUCAAGAGAUAAGAAGCAUGUAUCAUGAUUUUAGUAAAGGAGGAAAGGAGCUCAUAAACUUCUUAAGAGUCUACUUUGCAGGUUACAAUUUUGUUCUUCUAUUGAUACCAGAUUCAAAGUUGGUGGGCCUCCUUGUAUUUCCAAGCCCAAUGAGUAGCUGAUAACUUGUUAUGUGGCUUCAGACCGGAGAUCGCCUUUUGGUGAAAGGGAAAUGAAUCCAUUAUCACUUUUCGAGAAAACAAAAUAUACACUAUGCAAUUGGUCAAAGUCAGCUCGGUUUUUUUGUGGCAUUGGUCCAUUUGCAUCCGUUGGCCAGUCCAUGUUUUAUUAGUCUCAUCUUUGAGUCCUGGAAGAAUUGCUGUAAAUCUGUCUAAUUAUUCAAUGGUCAGCUGUCCAGAGCCAAUGAAACCGUAAAGAAUGCAGCUUAACCAUUUUAUAAUGACUCUCCUUCUGGUGCUUUGAAGAGGUCAGUGAGAACGAAUUUUGAAAAUUUGUGAUCACCUGUAAACUGGUUCUCAAACCAUAUAGUAGGCAGUUGGUAGAUAGGUUUUCUUAACUUGCCCCCGGAAGGAUUUUAAGGAACAAUUAACUCUCCAUGCUAGUGGUCAAAUUGAGAUUUCUAAGAUAAGUGAGGCGACAAUGCCAAUGCCAAUCCUUGUACAGGUGAAAAAAAAGGAUCUGUGGCAAGCCGUUGAUGGAUGAUCUUCAGUUUUUAGCUUUUGGUAGACUGUUAUCUACUAAUCCCUCUUUUGUUCGUCUCCUGAAGACUCUUUCAUUUUGUUCACUGUUCACUCCAUCCUGUUUUUAAUUUAUACUACAUUUUGUAUGCUUGCACAUGCUUGGUGCCGGCCAUCGAUAUGCCAUAAAGGUUUUUGGGAGCACGUUGAACCCAUACUAGGACACUAUUUUGAAUGUGCCACUAUCUACUUUCUAAACUAUAUUCCUGAUCUUUUAAUUUGUGGGUAAACUAGGAUUCUGUUUUCGUCUAGUUUUUUUGGGUAUUUCCUCAUGAAUUUGUAUCCUUUCUAAAAUGUUUUUUGCAAUACAGUUCCCAGACCCUAUCUGCAAUUCGAAUCACAGCUAGUAGUUGGGCAGUCCCAUGAUUUUGCUCCAGUCAGCUGCCCUGAUCAACCUUCAUCCCUUUCUUCACUCUCUAGUGUCUCUUUUGGAAGGGAAAAACAUGUUGCUGACUUGAAGUACCCCCGACGACUUCGAAGACUUAAUAUAUUUCCAGCCAACAAAGUUGAGGUAAACUUAAGACGGAUACCAUUUCUCAGCAAGCAAUUUUGUUUACUUUUCUUCAAGAUUAUUUCUUUCAAGUAAUAAAGCUCACCUGUAAAAAAUGCUUUUGUGGAUUUGAAAUUUGUGUAUCAGUGGAUGUCAAACGUGAGAAAGUUCCUCUAUGGAAGCUGUCAAGAUGAGUGGACGCAGGGAAAAGAGAACAUGAAUGGGUUGCAAUGUCCUAUCCAAUCAUGGAAUCUUAUAGACUCUUUACAGACUUUGAAUAUAAAAAUGGAAAGUACGUUUAUACAAAGUGGGACGAUUAAAGAUUAAAGUUGGCCGAAAUUAUAUAAUACAACUCUACCCGAAUAGCUGCUAAGAUUGAUGACAAUAUUCUUUUUUCUACCCCGUAUUUCAUGGGGUACGCUGUUAGAAACGAAUACUAAUAUUUGAAUUGCACGUUUUUUAACUUCUAAGAGUGGAAGAAAUUCGCAUGUGAUGUCUGAUAUGCUAAAUUGAAACUAUGAAAUUGCUAAUUUUGGUAUUUUAUAUCAUAGAGCUCAGACCUUGUCUCUCGUUGAGGGAAUCCUGAUGAAUGCCAGAUGCAAAGCUUUGUACAUCUCUCACUUUCAUUCUGGUUUGUGGUACAAUGUUAGUUACGUAGUGUUAAGGUUUCAUGCAUCUUCCCUGGUCCUUUUUGUUGAAUCUUUCAUUGGUUGAUAAAAAUUUGUUGGAGCUAAUCACACAGUAAAACCUCUGAAUAGAUUUCUUACUAUAUUUUUUAUUUUUUAAAAGAAAAUGUUGACAGGUUCUAACUUUUAUGGCAAGUAAAAUACAGAUACAUAAUUAUGGAUUGGAACUAGUCAGUACUGGUAUCAUUGAUUAUGAGUCUUUGUGUGGAAGAGUAGACAUUGGUGAUACAUAAUACAAAGAAAAGCCUUGCGGGUUGGAAUCAUUCAUGAAGUCAAUUUUUCCCAUUGCUAAGUACCAAAUUACUUGUAUUUUGGUGUAUGAUGAUUACUUUUAAUCUUUAUAUAUAUAUCUUAUUGUGACUUGGAUUCUGUGAAUUCAAUGAAGAGUGGGUUAUUCCGUCUCCCAAAAAGUGAUUUUAACGUAUUAGGUUGCUUAGUCUUUGUUGCUAUUUGGAUAUGAGUUACUUACUGUGGUACAUCUGAAUGACAGAGUAUACAACCUAUUGACCGUUUUAUCCUGGAAGAAUAUCUACUGGAUGUGCUGUUUUUCUUCAGUGGCUGGUUCGUAUCAGUUUAUUAAAUUUCUCUUGAUCCUUUUGUGGUCGUUUAAUUCUCACAUAGCUUUACAGUAGUUUACUUUGUUUGCUCUGAACAACGAUAUUCACCUUUUUUUACAUUGUGCUUUCGUUAUAUCCACUUCAUUAUCCACUUAUCUCUAAUCUCAAACACUAGAAUCGAGUGUCUCUUCAUUAGCGUCGGAUGCGUCGUGGAUUAUUUUUUGAGAUCAUGUUUAGGCUAUUUAUUUCUUAGUUCAGUACAUAAAAACCUUUUGCUGAUCAUUUUCUCCUCCUUUUUUUUUUUGAACAUUUGUUUCAUGGAAAGAUAGCCGGAAAGAAUGUGCUACAUAUAUGGCUGGACUUCCCGUACCCUUUAGAUAUGAGUACUUGAUGGCAGAGACAAUAUUUUCACAGGUGAGAAUUAAUUCUUGCAUAAUGUUUUGACAUACUUUCAAAUCUCAAUCCAUGUUCCCUCUUUGUGCUUCGUGGGAGUGUAUUUGGUAUCGCCAGCCAUCUUGCUGAUUUUUAUAUACAUACUGUCAGUGACUUGGGUCGUCCCCAGUUAUUGAAUGGCCAUGUGGACAUUGUGACGAUCUGUAGACAGUUUGGCUAUGGGUUUCGGUAUCCGUUUGGGUUGUUGAGUCUUAUAAGCGUUUAAUUCAUGGAGAAAGCCUUUCACAUGACGUGAAGACCGCUAGGUGUGGAGAUGGUGGGCUCAAGAGUGCCCUUCUUGGUAAUGGGGGUUUAUUUAUUCAUUGCUGAUGGAAGUGUGGCGUCUUUCAUUAUGUGUGUGCCUUUUUCCGAGGUAGAAGUUGCUGUUUUCUUGUUUUACGGAUUAGUUUCUUAUCAUAUGUUUUUGGGCUUCCAAAUUAAAACUGCUUAAUUCUCACAACAUUUGUUUCUUCCCACUCUUAGAUCUCCACUUUCUACUUUGGCAGGUUUUUGAGGUUAAUGGAGCGGCUGCUCUUUCUGUGUGGUUAUCUGAUUUUGGGUGGGGUUAGGUUGUGCUGCAAUGACAAGUUUUGUAGAGACACUCAUAGGAGACUGAGAGGAUGUAGGUGGGUUCUUCUUUGUGCUAUCGCACAUGGAUGUUCGUAAUCUGCCUCGUGAGUGGCUUAAACAUGGCUACUCUUGAGGGAAAUCAACUCAUCCUUAUGAGUUUCAGUCAAAAUUUGUAUGAAUAUGACGGCAUUCACCGUCUGUUAUGGGAUUCAUCAGUAUUUAAACACAGUCAUCAUUCGCUUUUUGAACAUCAUUCUAAAUGUCUAGUCAACAUCAAUGUAUCAAUGGUCGUCCAGUGCCUGGCUUAUGCAGGAUUGGAUAGAUGUAGCCGAACUUGAGCUGUUGCUUUGUAUUGGUGCAGUUCCUUCAUGCAUAUAACUAGAUCCUUUUGGGGAUGGUGCAUUCCCAUCAAUUAGGUAUUUACUUUGCUCACUGUCAGGAUUAGUCGAAAUUCUUUGUUUUCUAGGGAAUCCUGCCUAAUCGUUUGCAGUAAUUCUUAUCCAAGUGACGUCUCUAUUUUUUUUCCCAUGCAAGAGAUAAAGAUAAGAGUAUCUCAUACUUUUUUCUCUGGAAUGAUCCAGUGGUCUGUUGCCAAGAAAAUUUAUCAGCAAACAAGGAUGAAAAAAACUAGAUAAUUUUCAUUAUUGACAUGUCAUACGCUGAGAUUUUAUUGCUAUAUAGGUUGGAUUAUAUGUAUUCCCUUGCGUAAUUGCUUUAUCAGAAGUUAAACAGUGACGAAGUGGAUUAAUUUUUAUGAUCCCCAUCGUUAACCCUAUUUCAUUACGGAAGUAGAAGUAACUAUGCCACGCCUGUGUAAUGUCUGAAAAUUAGGCUGAAAUGAAUACAUCCUAUCAGAGAGACACCUGUGCUCAAUUCAGUCCAUUGAACAUGUACUACGCACGGAUCAGACAAGUUGGGUGGUGAGCGCCCAGUUCUGGCUUAUUCACAACGAUGAGUCGUACCCCAUUGACAAUUUGAUCGAAGACCUAAUUGAUCCAGGAUUCUUCCCUACUAUCCAUAUUCUAUUUGUUUCUUUACAUAGAAUAUUAUUUACUUGUAGGUCCUAGUAAUUUUGAAAUUGUUAACUAAGUUUAUUGUUGUAACCAUAUCUUUUUUUUGUUUCAUGUGUGCAGCUUCUGUUGCUACCUCAUGCUCCAUUCAAACCCCUGUAUUACACAUUGGUUAUUAUUGACCUUUGCAAGGUAAGCAUGAUAUAGUCUCGGUUUCGUGUUUCAACUGUUUGUUGAUAUGUAAAGUUUUGUGAAGGACGUGUGACAUUUGUUUCCUUUUUAAAAACAAACUGGUUUCUGAUCUGUAGUCAAUAUAUGCUGCUAUAAUGUUUAAUAUAUACAUUUGUUGAUAAUCAUACAAGUACUUCUUGUUGUCACUCUAUAAUUUAAAUGACCUAAACUCUUAUGUUUUCGAGUACAAUGAGGUUUUGAGGGGUAGACGACGAAUGAGGAAUUAUCUCCUUCCAUUGUGAAUGUGUUUUAGCAUACCGAUGAGUCUUGGUUUCGUUUUUUUUAUAAGAAUACCAAGAAUACCUCUCUUCCAUGACCUCGAAAGCUAUUUUUUAUGUAAAACCUGAUUAUGUACUUCAUGCUAAUUUUUUUUCUGAAGUAAACUAUAAUCUAUCGAGAGUAAUCGAUAUGAUUAUGACGGUCACUAGCGGACAUUUGCAUUUGGAAAUUUUCUCUUAAUUAAUUUGUUUGCGGUACAAUAUUUAUCUUUCAUCUCUCCUAUUUAGACAUAACGCAAUAAAGCUUUUGUUUUUUGACGGAUAUAAUUUAUAAAAAACUGAGGCGCUGCACAGUAGUAUGCUCUGAACAGAUCGAUUUUCUCCUUAAAACUUUCUUUUGGCUCUACUGCCUGUUGGAUCUUCUUCAUCAGUGUUCUUAUCUAAUGCAUCUUUUACUGGCUGGUAUAUGGACAUACCUUACGAUUAAUAAAUUGCCUAAAGUAUUUUUUUGUCAUGAUAAGACUGGAAAGUUUGAAAUUAUCUGUUUUACAAGCUUUUAUUUUGAAUAUACUAAGCUAUUAUAUCCCGCAUUUUGUUGUUGUACCCGAUUAAUUUUUCUGUGGAGAGUAGAAAGUCUGUUGGAUCCUUUGCUUGUUUACAACUUCUGCACCUUACCUGGUGAUUUUUCUUUAAAUGAUUAUUCUAGGCUCUUCCAGGAGCGUUCCCGUCAGUUGUAGCUGGUGCAGUCCGCGCAUUGUUUGACAGAAUUGCCGACUUGGAUAUGGAGUGUCGCUCCAGACUAAUUUGCUGGUUUUCUCAUCACUUGUAAGUUUUGCCUUGUGGAGUUGUUUGUGGUCGGGUCGAUAUGCCCUAGGAACUGAAUGAAUGCCUGUAAUCUACAUGUCUAUAACAGAAAUAACUUUUUUCAAAAUAAUCUAACUCACAAAUAUCUCAUUGUCUGUCUUCAUGUGCAUUUUUUUUUUACAGUUUCUUGCUCUUACCCUGUUUGACAUGUCUUCAAGUUUCAUGACCUCUUGCCAUUACCUAAUCUGAUCCAUUUAUAUUGUCUCAGACUUCUGAUAAGUUUAUUUUUGAGAACUCUUAUAGUAUAGUAUUGGAUAAAUCUUGAUGGAUGUUUCCACGUGUUUCUAAGGCCAUCGUUGCCAAUAAUUGUUGGGGUCCAUGAUCAUAGAAUAUGAAAUGUUUUUUUAUUCAUUUAGUGGUGGUAUUUAUAACUAGGAAAAAAUAUGCAUUCAUGUUGAAAAAUAAAAAGUAAAGGACAAAUAAAAUAAAAACUAGACAGAAAUUGGGGCUACUGGGCAUCAUGUCUUGGCAGCGCAUAUCAGUGCUUGCUUUGUUUCGACUUGGACACUGAAAUACUGUUUGCAUCGUAAGGUGCUUUUAUUUUUUCUCUUAAAUUUGUGGCAAGAAUGACUUGUAUUGUUUUCUCUUUAAUAGAGUGUGUUGCUUAUGUUUUACUAUGUUUAUACCUUCAGCUAAAGUCUCUGCUAAGUAACAAUUGCCUUCAUAUUCUUUCUAUCUCAGAUCAAAUUUUCGAUUUGUUUGGCCUUGGGAAGAUUGGGCAUAUGUCAUAGACUUCCCAAGGUGGGCACCUCAACGCAUCUUCGUUCAAGAAGUUCUGGAGAAGGAAGUUCGUUUAUCAUAUUGGGAUAAGAUCAAACAGGUAUUUUUUUUGGUUAAUCCUGUUAUGUUUACUGGAUAGACUAAAGGCAUGGGGAAUAAGUAUCACAUUCCGGUAGAAACCUGAUCCUGGUGUAGUCAAUUUGAAUGUUGCUUCUGAAUUCUUUUAUUUCAAUAUAGCAGCUUUUACCAUCCUAACUGACAUGGCUUCAGGGAUGUUUCUUAUUCUUCGACCUCAUAUACUCAUUUUGCUGUCUUCUAGACUUUGGGUUAGAAAAUAGCAUUGCAAUUACUGGACGAAACUUUUAAAUUUUUAAUCAUAGUUUAAUUCGAUAUAAUUACGUGCAUAUCUUUGGUUUUGUGCAAAGUUUGCUGUUGAAUGUAGAAUAGUUGGCUUUGAAAUUUCUAAAACUGUGGAAACCGUUGGAGAGGAUUCUUCAGUCUUAAACAAACUUGUAAAGAUUUUUCCAUUCUUCCAUUUCAGUUUUCCAAGUUUUAAGUAAACUGGAUCCGAUUUUUUUUGCGUUGGUGUGGUUUCAUGAACAGAAAAAGAAAUUAUACAAAAAGAUGGGACGAGAAUAUCGCUUUGGUUAAGUGAAACUCAUUUCGUUAGAACUGUUUGGAGUCUGUAGUGCUGCUAAAAUGAAAGCUUUGUCCUUUGACGGUUAUGUUUGUGAUAGAAAACCCUUCAUUGAUCUGUGCCCUGAAUUUUAAUCAUAUUUUAUCUUUUAUUGUCUUUUUCGCGGAGGGGUAUGCAGACAACUGCACCCUUACUGUGGCACAAAAUGAAUCCUAUCAUAAGAGUCCAAUCACAUCAGUUUUCCAUCUAGUUCAUGGAAGUUAUACAGAAUACUAUCCCUCAAGUUGCCGAACUAUAGUUUGUGAAUGCAUCUUCAUUGAUUUUCUGACAGACAUCAGAUUCUAAUUAUUCAGUAAUCCUUCUCAUUCUAGAGAACUUUGCUAAAAUAAUCCUCUGCCAAUGAUUGUGGAAGUCACCACGGCUUCUUUCUUUCCAUUCCCCAUAAAUUUGUAAUAUUUCCAUUUGCUUAUUAUUAGCUUUUAUGCUUCCUUAUCAUUGAGUUGUUGCCUGUAGUUUAAAAUUUUCAAAUACUAGACUCCCAUUGAAUAAUUUCUCCAGUUUUAUGUCAUCUUAAAUUUAUAUAGCAAAAGUUACUUUUAAUUUUUUGAAGCAACAUCAUAUGUUUAAUUCACAUUUUAUUUAAAAAUAAUCGUCAAUGGUUUUUCUUGUUGAUUCACUUUAGAUCUGAUAUAAAUUCUAUAUUUGCUUGUUAUUCAAUUAUUUUGUUCUAAUUAUUAUUUUUUUCUGCUUGUCUUUCACGUUUCCUCAUUAAAGAGCAUUGAUAAUGCUAGUUCACUUGAGCAAUUGCUCCCACCAAGAGGUGGACCUUGUUUCAAAUUUAGCACAGAGGACGGAAAGGAAAUAACAGAAAGACAUACUCUCUCUUCUGAACUCAGCAGCAUGGUGAAGGGAAGGAAAACCGCCCGUGAACUCUCUUCAUGGGCUGAAGAGAAAAUAAUUUCAGUACAUGGUUCUAAAGAUGCUCUUGAAGUGGUUGUCCAGACUCUUCUUGAUAUUGGUUCAAAAAGUUUCACUCAUCUUACGACUGUUUUAGAGAGAUACGGUCAAGUCAUUUCUGGUUUAUGCUCGGACGAGGAGAAACAGGUUUGGCUAAUCAAUGAAGUUAGUUCAUUCUGGAAGAAUAGUACUCAGAUGACUGCUCUGACUAUAGAUAGGAUGAUGGCAUAUCGCCUUGUAUCGAAUGUAGCCAUUGUUGCUUGGGUCUUCUCUCCAGUGAAUGUCGAGCAGUUCCACCUAUCAGAUCGAGCAUGGGAGGUGAGUUCUUAUGAUAAAGCUUGUCUGUUUGGUUUUACAUAGUUGGAAUGUUUAUUUGGAAUACUUAAUGCUGUAGUCAUAUCAAUAAUAUGGUUAAAAAUAUCACUUUUGUUUUGAUUCCGUGAAAUGUAGAGAAAUGUUAACUGUUGGACAGUAAUUACAACUCAGAUAUCAUUUCUUUCGAGUAAAAUACCUUGUCACUUCUUCACGGCUUUAGAGUUUAUUUUGAGAAAAUUGAGAUAGUGGAAAGAAAAAAAGUAAAAAAUGUUGAAAUGAUGAGUGAUGGCAUGUGAUCUCCUGGGCAGUGGCUCCUUUAGCUGGUAACCACAAGGGAUUUAAUGUCCUACCGAAUUAUCACAAUGGAUUCAUUGGUUGAAGUUUCGUGGAUGCAAACAGCAUUGCAGAGAUAGCAUCAGGCGAAAUGUGAACCAUUUUACCAAAUCGUCGCUGUGAUGAUCCGUCAUGCUGACGUUGACCAUGUAUAAAUCAGUUGUCUUUAAUUCAUGUAUGAAAUUGAUUUUACCUUGCGACAUCAUUUGUGCAACUGCUUGGAUGUAAGACUGUUUUUGAUGGAUAUUAAUGGUUUUUUCUGGACUAGUGCGUAAAAUGAGACGCGAGAGAAGACUUGAGAGAAAAAUCUCAGAAGCCAUCACUAGAAAAAAUGAACGAGAAGUAUGCCAUUCUAGUGAAGAAAGAAUAUGGAUGGAGAAUUUCAAGGGUUUUGGUACCCAGAUAAAAAAAAUAAAAUUCUUAAUGAUAUGUGCAAGGUAAUAAAAUGCUACUCGGCUCAUUAUUUGGCCCACUUACCCAACCUUCUUUGACAUCAUAACGAUUACCAGCUUUCUGCUAAUGAGAGGAGGUUAGGAAAACAGAGUUUCGACUGAGCUUGCCGGUUUUGUGCUCGUGGCUGUGUUGCAUGAUGGGAAACUUUGUGGCUUGGUAAAGCCAUACUUAAGUGGUUUGCCUCAUGAAAAAUUCAACGCCGCCGGCAGCAUUUUUUCAAAAGUCAUAAAGCUGGAGAAGUAUAUUCUGUUCAAUAUAUAAUGAUGUGUCAUUUGUUGGGAAGUUGCACCUGGGGAUAACUGAUGGUUUUAAAAAGGCCUCAGGAUUUGCCAAUUUUUAGUAUAUAUUUGUUAAACACCUGCUAUUUAAAAUAUUUUACAGAUUUUUUCCUUGCGGGCAAGUUCCAUUUGGGCUCUUUUAAAAUUUUUCUCGCAUUGAGUAUCGUAUUUCCUUCUUUAUUACAGAUCUUAAGGAAUGCAGUUAACAAGACUUACAACCGGAUAUCCGAUCUUAGGAAGGAGAUUUCGUCAAUUGAAAAGAGUGUUAUAUCUGCUGAUGAAUCUGCUCUCGCUGCCAAAAAUGAGCUUGAUGUCGCUGAAUCCAAGUUGGAGGUUGUUAACGGUGAGCCUGUACAGGCUGAAAAGCCAGGUAGACUAAAACGUCUUAAAGCAUACGCUGAAAAAGCUAGGGAGCAGUCAGUAUCUGCUCGUGAAUCCUUGGAAGCUAAAGAAGCACUUCUUGCUCGAGCACUUGAAGAAAAUAAGGUACUCUGGUGGGGCAGGGUUUCUUUAAAUGCUUAAAGAUUUACUCUUAUUAUCAGAUUAAUUCAUUCCUCUUUAGAACCUGGAAUCACACGAUUAUUUUGAAAAUUAUAAAACAUGAUAGUACUCUGGCCUCUGGAGAGAUGUAGCAUUCUUUGUAUGUGCAAUAAUCUUGCCAACCAUUGCUUUCUACAUGUUUACUAGGUACACGCAUAUUUCUAGAUCUUACUUCAUAAAUAGUUCGUAGUCUUAUCGUCACAGUUUUAGGAUCAUGUGGGCACUGUGGGGCUCUUAUUUAUCUCAAUAUAACACAAACAUAAUAGACAAAGAAAACAUUUUAUUUUAUAAAUAUAUUGGAUAUGAUGCCACAAUGUUUGAGAUCUACCAAUUGCUCUCACAAUGUUCUUGCUAACCGUGAUCUGAAUCUUUUUCAUAAAUAUCCUAAUUGAUGCUACUUUGAAUUUUUCUGGCGCUGCUGUUGUGUUCUAUAUGAAACUACGAGUACUGUGGGCGAGGCUUAUUAUGUUGGAAAACGUUGACACAGAGUACCACAAAUAUAAGAUAAAUCUGACUCCUUUUGCAUACGUAACCUUGAGGUUGGACUUUCGGGUCAUCUUGGAGCGUGCAAUUCUUCUAUUUCUGUGGGGAUUUUCCUCUCGUGAAAUGAUUUGGGUUCGAACCAAUUCUUGGUUACAUUGGGAAGCUCACCUCGGGUGAUUUCUUUUUUUCCUGGGGGAUUUUGUCCUUUGAAAACUCGUGCCAUUUCUGUGGUGGAGGAUCAUUCACGUUAACACUCAUCAGAGCAUAAAACCUGCCCUCAAUGCCUCUAACGCGCAGUCCCACCUUCACAGGUCCUGUUCUAUUCCUUGUACAAGAACUUUGCAAGUGUGCUUGGGGAGCGCUUGCAGCAAGUGUGCGUCAACGGUAAAUUGCCGAGUUCAGAGCCUGUUGAGGUAGAUGAAAUGGGUGUUGAUUCUGAGGAACCAUCAAAGAUGCAACUUGACUCCGAAAAUGGAAAACCCGAGAACAGGUGAGCUCAGUUUUUGGGUCCGGGUUUUUCUUUUCUGGGUGGGUGUGGACCUCUUUCAUGACAAACCCUUGGCUGUUGGAAGGGCGAGCAACAGCUACAACGUUGGAGAGCAGGAGCAAUGGUGCCGAUCGACACUGGGCUACGUCAAAGCUUUUUCAAGAGAAUAUGCUACUGAGGUUUGGCUGCCAUCUGACCACUCCUCUUUUAUCUGCAUGGAUUAUUUCGUGUUGUAUCUGUCUGGCAUUAGCUAUCUCUGCCUCUUAAUCGAUUCUUCACCUCGCAGAUUUGGCCUCACGUUGAGAAGCUGAGCGCCGAGGUGUUUGAAGAUGCCCAUCCGAUCUUCAAGAGAGUUGUUUAUGCCGGGCUGGGCAUGCCCUCUUGA